AUGAAGGAUCCCGAGAUGGCAAAAAACGAUGAGCCGUCAGGCCCGUAUAGGGACUUGGAGCAGCCCACAGACUACCGACCGAUAGAUUGGAAGAAGGUCUUUUUGACGCCCAAAUACAUUCCGUGGCAUAUUCUAUGGAUAGUAAUAACGAUUAUCACCAUUUUGAUCACUGUCUAUCAUGACAAGGUCGUUGAGAUAUUACGUCCGUUUUCCGAGAAGGUCAGAGACAUCCCGGCUGGCUGGAUCAUUCCCGUUGUGAUCCUGGUGAUCAUCUCUUUUCCACCUCUGUUCGGCCAUGAGAUCAUUGGCCUGCUUUGUGGCGUCGUGUACGGUCUAUGGAUUGGCUUCUUGAUUGUCGCAGCGGGCACUUUCAUCGGAGAAGUGGGAACAUGGUUUGCCUUCAGGAAACUCCUUAGAAGUAAAGCAGAAAAGAUGGAGAGAACCAACCUCAACUAUGCCUCUCUGGCUAGAGUCACUAGAGACGGCGGGUUUUGGAUUGUCUUUGUGAUCCGCUUCUCAGUCGUCCCAUCGCAUUUCUCUACCGCCGUCUUUUCGACUUGCGACGUCAAAUUCUGGCAUUUCGCCGUUGCAACAUUUUUAACCCUACCGAAGCAGAUCUUCAUUGUAUACUUGGGUGUCCUGCUUGUCGCUCAGAACGAGGACAACAAGAUAGAGACGAUUGUACUAUGCAUCACGUUUGCGAUUACCGUCGUCAUGGGAGUCUACAUCUGGAUGAAGAUGAAGAAGGCCAAGGCGAUUCUAUUGGCUGAACAAGAGGCCAGGAAGGCGAAUUACAGCAUGGAACGAUUGGGGCAAACCGCGUCCGCAAGUACCACCAACCUGAGACCCAACGCCACUGUCUCCGGCAUGAACGCGAGCCAGGCCUCGAUGUGGACGAGCGAUGACGAUACCAGGCAGGACGUGCCGCUCGGGCACGGAAUAGAGUCGCGACAAGAAGUAGGGGUUGCUCUGGGUUAUCCGUCGGAUUCGAGGCCAGGGGUAGGGCCCUACGAAGCGGUGGAAUCUAGGCCUGGAGUGUCGCGAUACAAUACGACAGAUUCGGUACCGUCGUACAAUACGGUGGACCCGGCAUAUUCGAGUCGGUAUCAGCCAGCGCAGACAAGCCAGGGAGCUGCCACACCGUGGAAGAUGGAGCAGAAGCCGUACUACCAGCGGCCAUCGAGGCAAGAGCCGGCAUCAUAUUUACCAACGGAUCAGGCGCAAACGGGCAGGGAAUGGGUAUAG